AUGGCCACAGUUCCUGGUCUCAGGUUUUCUCGUUCUCUGUCAACUUCCGCGAGAUUUGACAGAAUAUCAAAGAUGGCCGCAAGCAGAAAAACACAGAAAUGCCGUUCCCGUCGAAGAUUAGCCGCUAUCAGUUUCCUUUCUAAUAUAUCGUUGGAUGGAAGUCACUCAGACACAAAGUUUCCACUUUUCAACCGAAAACAUCACAGGUUAAAAGACAUAUGUGUAAAUGACUCGAAAUCCUCCGACGUGAGUCCCGAGGCUCAAAGCAGUCCGUGUGUUAGAACAGAACCAUCGGCUUUUGACAACCAGGACGAAAAUGUCAACGAUGAAAACAUAAUCAGACAAAAGAGUCACAACAGACAUGACAAUAACCACCUUGAUCGUGAUCAUGCACAGUGUGAAAAGGGACCGGAGUCACCGUCAAAACGAUGGAGAGCCUCCUCCUGCUCCGAUGACCGAGACAAGUAUGUGAAGCGCAAGUUGAUGCCGACCUCCAGUAUCCCAUGGUCGUCCCCACCGGCCACAUCUCAUGACCCUGCUGACAAGAUAGGAGAACGUCUGGCUCGAAGGUCCAGCUCCAUGUCUGGUGACUCGGGGGAAUCCUCAGCCUUGAGAGAAGUGCGCUUCCUGUCUGGCAACUCCACAAGUUCCAUCAGGGGUGGACGAGUGGUGAUAGUGACUGGCAUGAAGGCGCCCGUCGCCAUGUGCUCCGUGAUGCCGUACAGGCGGUCAGCAAAUAGAAGUGAAGGUCACAAUGAAGAAGGUCGCACACGCCACCACUCAGGUCACUCUGGGUCAAGGUCAGUGUCAUCUCAAGAUGGCCUGCUGUAUGUAGGGCUGCAGGCAAUAGUCAAGGUGGAAGAGGGUCAGGACGUGUCCUACAGUGAGUUUCUGGUUCCGUCCCGUCCUCUGGUGUUGAAGAGGACAUGUUCAGAAAUACCCCACACUGAGUCAGUUCUCCUUCCCCCAGCUGCAGGCCGGGAGUACUUGCGGAGUCACUCACAUGACCCUAGCAUGUUUUUCCAGCGUUCGGGGCUGUUUUCUGCCCUGGAGAGAGUCCCAGAAGAAAACACCGACUUCUACGACCCCAACCUGCUGGAUGAUCCUGAACUGCAGUCUGGGAGCUACAGGACUCUGAUGACCUUCCCUUCCUAUGUGACCUCUGUCAUCGAGUACGUGAAGCCCUCAAGCCUGAAGAAGGAGCUCAAUGAGAAAUUCAAAGACAAGUUCCCCAACAUUCAGCUCAGCCUCUCCAAACUGCGCAGCAUCAAGAGGGAGAUGAGGAACAUCUCUAUGGUCAAGUGCGGUGUUGACAUGUGGACUCUGGCCCAAGCUCAUGUCUUUUUUGAAAAACUUAUUCUCAAGCCUGUCGUCAACAAGCAGAACAGGAAACUAUGUGCAGGUGCUUGUCUGGUGCUGUCAGCAAAACUCAAUGAUGUCAAGGGGGCUGAGCUCACAAAGCUCUUUGAGCAAAUAGAAGAUGACUUUCGACUGCAUCGCAAGGAGCUAAUGGCGUUUGAGUUUGCAUGCCUGGUUGCCUUGGAGUUCUCCCUGCACAUCCCCGACAACGAGGUGUACCCCCACUACCAGCGCCUGCUGUACCGGUCAUGACACUGGCCCCAGUGACCACACCCCGCUCGCAAAUAGACACACAGGGCACAGACUGGCAGACACUCAUUGGAUGUCUUCAUCAAUUCAUUUGUCUCAUUGAGACACAAAAGUCUCCUUUCCAAGAUAUAUACGUGUGAAUAAGUUCAACACAACUCAUAUAUUUUCAUGUUUCACAAACCUUUACAUGACAUUAACAUCAUUUUGAUAAAUCCCAUAUUUACAGCCUGUGAAGGCUAGAGCAAGAAUAUUCUUUGUGGCUCCUACAGGACUGAUCAUAUUCUCUGCUGAACAGUUGCUAAACAUGUUAUUUCAAAAUCGAUUUAGUCUUUUGUCGGGCAUUUCAGUGUAAGAAUAUGACUUCCUACACAAAAGAAUGUUCGUAUAUUGUACGAAAUGGCUAAUUUUUAAUAUUUUUUUUGGUUAGUGGUACUUCAUUAUAAUCCAUGUAUGCAGAGUUACCUGCCCCUUGUCGUUUGGUGUCACAUACGGUAGGGAACUCAAUGUUAAUUAUCUGCCAGUAAGUAUCAGUAUCUGAUUACAUGUUAAAAUCACCUACCGGUACACUUGAUAUUGUGUCUUAAGAGAGUUCUCCUAGAAAUCCUGUAAGAUAUUAUGGCAUGUAAGUACAUAUGACAGCAACUAUGACAUUUUUCUUUUGGAAAAGUUGAGAGGAGUGAGCUCCUUGCCCAGUCUGUCGUGUCGCUCUGUGUCUAUCCUAUUGUCUGGAGUGGUCACUUUUGACAAGGCCCUGCUGUGGAGCCAGGCACAGCAAUGCAGGCCUGAUAUCUAUCACAGAUCUGAGAGUCUGUGACCCUGGCUUUUGGUGACCUCACAUGGAGGUCAUGUACUGGUGCACUGGUAAUUUACUUGGAGUAGUUAGGUUGAUGGGAUUGGUUGCAGUAUUGUAUCACAUUAUCCAUAGACAUUAUCCAUAGAUAAUGUUCAAAUGUUAUAAAAAAAUUGUUUUGGAAUCUGGCGGGAUUGGUUGCACCACUGGAUCACAUUAUCCCUAGAUAAUUUUCAAAUUUAGAAUUAUUUAUUCCAAAAAAAUAACACACUCCCUAAAGUGAUGCCCCACCCCAAAACACACACACACACACACACACACACACACACACACACACACACACACACACACACUUUUGCUGUAUUUUUCAUGACACACAUAUGCAACCAACGCCCCAUUUCUCAAACACUUCCCCAAUCCCCAUACCCAAAUCCCAUAAUGAAUGAACCAUAAAAUAUACUACUGCUCCAAAAUGAGAUAGAGCUGGUGAUAUCCUCCGUGGUGUCUGCCCUGCUGAACAUACUGGACCAAAGAUAAUUUUACUAGACUCUGUCUUCAGACUAGUGGAUUAAGUCACAGCCUUCAAACUGUGUUUUUGGACAUAUCUCUCACAAAUUUCACACCGAAACUUUAUAUACAUAUCAACAUAUAGGUUUCUAUUUAAGGAAUUUCUAAAUUAAUAGUAUUUGGGGCUUCAAUUCCAAUGUAGAAUUUGUUGAAAGUUGAGUCUGUUUCCAAAACAUAAUAUAUUCAUUAAGUUAGGAUAACAUUUGUUAAUAUUGGUUAUAAGCAUUCAUAUGACAUAAGCUUAGUAAUAUUGCUGAUACAAAUGAAUGCUGAAAUUGUUAUGAGUCCAGUGAUUUAUUCUAUCUGUCAGGACUGUAUAUCUCUUAUGAUCUACAUCUCAGUAAUGCUUAGCAAUCAGUAAAAAGGAAAUGUUCUCUUCGCAAUGCAAGAGGUCACCAAUGUCAAAGGUCAUCGUCCCUGUGUAAUGUAAAGGCUACCAAGGUCAUGGUCAUUAAUGGUGGUGCAUGGUUGACCUGAUCAGUGGGCAAUAGUUACGAUUGCUUGAAUAAUCCUGUAUACUGUUCUCCAGUCAAGUGAUUCAGCUUCAGUGACUGUGUACAAUGUUUUUGAGUGAGAGGACAGUGUCGCCAUACUUGAGUAAUGUGAUUGUAUCAUGGUAUGGUAGCAGGCUCGUAUCCUCUCUCAUGUCACAGACAGGUGGACAAAAGAGAUAAAGAAAUGAAACAAGCAGUUUUCUGGAAAGUCAUUUGAAUGGAGCCUUUUUAAUGGUGUUUUGUUGUAAAAACAUGCUGUCCUGUAAUUAAUGGCAUUGAUGAGAUGCUGUUGCUGAUGCUGUUGACGGCCAACUGUCAAAUGUUUUUUAGCGUUAUCAAUUGUUAAGGCUUUAACCCUUGCAGCAGUUAAGAAUAUGCUGAAGUAUUAAUGCUCACUUUGACAAAAGUCAGAUGUCUAGAUAUUGUUUUAUGAUGAUGAAUGUAAUGUACUUAUGUAAGCUACAUUGACAGGUGACGUAUUUCAAUGCCAAGUUUUAUCUGGAAACUCGGGAUGUAUCAUUUACAAUUUGACAUUGAAGUCAGAUGUCUGAAAUAUUUUACACAUGAACAUUACCUCUUCUACAAUCGGACCCAUGAAGGUCCGGGUUAGAAUAUUGAUCUUUAGAACCCAUGCUUGUCCUAAGAGGCGACUAACGGGAU